AAUACUGCCCGAGCCCGGGCGGGGUCUCUGUUCUCUGGCAGAGGAGGUCCCUUGGCAGCGGGAAGCUCCCUCUCUUUCUCUCGCCGCCGCUCCGAGUCUGCGCCCUGGUGCCAGGCGCUCAGCUCGGCGCUCCCCUGUGCUCGCCCGGCGCCCACUCAUUCGCAGCUCAGCCUUCGCGGCCGCCGCCUCCCUGCUCCUCCUACUUUCCCCAGCCUGCCGCGGCCAUGGCGGACAGCGCCAGCGAGAGCGACACGGACGGGGCGGGGGGCAACACCAGCAGCUCGGCCGCCAUGCAGUCAUCCUGCUCGUCGACCUCGGGCGGCGGUGGCGGUGGCGGCGGCGGGGGAGGCGGCGGUGGUGGGAAGUCGGGGGGCAUUGUCAUCUCGCCGUUCCGCCUGGAGGAGCUCACCAACCGCCUGGCCUCGCUGCAGCAGGAGAACAAGGUGCUGAAGAUCGAGCUGGAGACCUACAAACUCAAGUGCAAAGCGCUGCAGGAGGAGAACCGCGACCUGCGCAAAGCCAGCGUGACCAUCCAAGCCAGGGCUGAGCAGGAAGAAGAAUUCAUCAGUAAUACUCUAUUCAAGAAAAUUCAGGCUUUGCAGAAGGAGAAAGAAACCCUUGCUGUAAAUUAUGAGAAGGAAGAAGAGUUCCUCACUAAUGAGCUCUCCAGAAAAUUGAUGCAGUUGCAGCAUGAGAAAGCUGAAUUAGAACAGCAUCUCGAACAGGAGCAGGAAUUCCAGGUCAACAAACUGAUGAAGAAAAUUAAAAAACUGGAGAAUGAUACCAUUUCUAAACAGCUUACAUUAGAGCAGUUGAGACGAGAGAAGAUCGACCUUGAAAAUACUUUGGAGCAAGAACAAGAGGCACUAGUUAAUCGUCUCUGGAAAAGGAUGGAUAAACUGGAAGCUGAAAAGCGAAUCCUGCAGGAGAAGUUGGACCAGCCGGUCUCCGCUCCCCCAUCGCCCAGAGACAUCUCCAUGGAGAUCGACUCUCCAGAAAACAUGAUGCGCCACAUCAGGUUUUUAAAGAAUGAAGUGGAGAGGCUGAAGAAGCAACUGAGGGCUGCUCAGUUACAGCAUUCAGAGAAAAUGGCUCAGUAUCUGGAGGAGGAACGUCACAUGAGGGAAGAGAACUUGAGGCUGCAGAGGAAGCUGCAGAGGGAGAUGGAGAGAAGAGAAGCCCUCUGUCGACAGCUGUCCGAGAGUGAGUCCAGCUUGGAAAUGGAUGACGAAAGGUGUUUUAACGAGAUGUCUGCACAAGGAUUAAGACCUCGCACUGUGUCCAGCCCGAUCCCUUACACUCCUUCUCCGAGCUCAAGCAGGCCCAUCUCACCCGGUCUAUCAUAUGCAAGUCACACAGUGGGUUUCACGCCACCAACUUCAUUGACUAGAGCCGGAAUGUCUUAUUACAAUUCCCCAGGUCUUCAUGUGCAGCACAUGGGAGCAUCCCACGGAAUCACAAGGCCUUCACCACGGAGAAGCAACAGCCCUGACAAAUUCAAACGGCCCACACCGCCUCCAUCUCCCAACACACAGACCCCAGUCCAGCCACCUCCGCUGCCACCUCCCCCACCCAUGCAGCCCGUGGUCCCCUCGGCCGCCACCUCGCAGCCCACCCCUUCGCAACAUUCGGUGCACCCCUCCUCCCAGCCUUAAUGCAUGUGCUUAGUCUGAAUUUCACGUUGGGACUCGUACAGUGGAGCCGUCUACUCAACGCCAAAGGCUUCCUUCCCUGGCAUAUUUGGAUCUGACUUAUUUGCACUGAGGUUAUCUAGGCUUCACUAUUAAUUGUGUUGUAAAUGUUUGUCGGAAACGCAGCCAGUGUUGUGGGUUACAACACUAAACAGACGACUUUUUUCCAUCAGUGUUUUACUUGAAUCUCCAUGUAUGUCCAUUCCCUGGCUGGAACAUUUGCUAUUCAAUAUUUGGUAAUUCAGCAGCAGUGCGCAGUUUUUUGCUUGGCCCCAGAGCUUCAUUUUCCUGGCUUUUAGGUUUAUAAAAUAAAAAGGGAUAUCUUUUUUAUAUUUUUUUCCAUGGAUUUGCAGAAAAUUACUGAGCUGUUAUUACCACCCCACCCCACCUCCAUACACACACACACACACACACACACACACACACACACACACUUCAUCGUAACGGUGUUUACCAAACAUAACCAGUAAUUCAGCACUACAAUUCAGACCUUUGAAAAUCUAGCUUUCAGUGUAGAAUGGAAAGUUAGAUGGAUCAGUGCCCGAGACAAUAUAUUGUUUAAUAGAGCUUUCUACAGAUACACUUUUUGUAGGUUAUUUUCAGUAUAUAUCAGCAUCCAUGUCUCUUGUAAAACAAAUAGCCUAAAGUAAUGGAUCCCAUGACUGUACCUUUUCCACCUACAUGGGAUGGAUAAUUAUUGUAUAUUAAGGUGUGAUUCUUUCUUUAUCCUUAAUGCUAACCUACCCAAACUGGCCCCCUCUAACAUGAGUCCAUAAAUGUCCUCCCCACCAGUGGUCGUGAUGGCCGAUUAGAAUGUGCUAUUUGAUUUCUGCUGCAGAAGGCAGUGUGAGUAUAACAAAAACAGCUGUUUUUCCUUCCCAUUCUUUAUUUGUGUUCCCCUCAAAUAGAAUUUGAGCAACUAUUUUAAAGUUGCAAAAUUACUAGAAAAUACUAUUUGAAAUGAACGUUAUAGGAAUAUCUUGGCAUAAUGGCCACAAAAUACUUCAUUGCUUGGCAGAAAAGAGAAGAGGUGUUAGAGGAAAAGGAGCACAUUAGCUUUGACGACUGCUUAUUUCGCCCAGUAUAAGCAAGUGCAGCGUGUACAAAGAAAUAUAUUCUAAAUACAUUAUUUCCAUUCAUUUAGCACAAAUAAAUCGUUUGGUUUCACUUUGAAGUGGAACACUGUGAGUCACUCUUUUCUUAAUACUUGCAACAUCUUUAUUUUUGCUUUUCAGCAGUUACUGUUUUGUACUUUGGUAGUAGAGUGAUUUUUACCACCUGUGUUUGCAUAUUUAUAUAUACUGUGGACGAAAAUAACUUACUAGAGAAUGUAUAUUUUAUGAUGAGAAUGUGUAUCUGUUGGAUAUAAUCAGAGAACUGAAAAUUAAUUUAUCAGUAAUUUUUAAGAGUCCAUGUUUUGUGACAGCCAUCUCUAAUUGCUAGCUCUUUAUUGAACACACUCCUACAAAUAAGGACCCGUGACCUUGUAGAUAUUUAAUAGUGUACAGUAUAGAAACCUCCAUUUUUGCCUUCAAGUGCAUAUUUAAGAGUUAACAGAAAGAAAAAAGUCUUGUUGGAUAAUAGUGUUUGACUAGCAUUUUAAGAACUUGAGAGUAAAAGCAACAAUAGGAUUUUUCACCUCCUCCUGCUUUCACCCCCCCCAAACUGAGAAUGUCGCUCUUCAAUUGUUUGAAAGAAAUCGUACGUCUAUAGAAAUUUUAUUUAUAAUGUGUGUGUAAUAUACAUAAUCAUAGUACAGUUCUCAGACGGGAGAAGUUUGGCAUAUUAUUAUUGAGGCUUUAGAUUUUUAAUACGAUCAGACGGGGUCAGAUCAAACCCGGGGUUUAAUCAACAGCUCACUGUCCCUCCCGGUACAUUGCCGUUCCGAGGAAUUCUGAGAGUCGGCAAACAGAAUUUGCCUUCAUGGUACAGUUCUCGGUUUUUCUUAGAGGAGAAUAUGGUACAUGUUUACAUGAUGAAUCUUUCACGAGAUUGUAGAUUUCAGUGCUGUUGGACAGUGUCUUGUACUCAGACAAGAAAGUCCAUAAUCUAAUGAUCUUCCUUCUGCUUCCUGUCAAUUUAGUUACCUCCUGAAAGCACAAAAGUCAAAACAUUGCCAUAUGGUGAAUGAAAAAGCACUUGAAGUGAGCAAACAGUCCCUGAUAAAUGCCUUUUAGAGACAAGUUUCUUGACAUUCAGACUUCUGCCGAAAUGCAGUGCCGAGUCCCCGAGGCUAGUCAUUUCAUUUCAAAAGAAAACACAGCUCCUUCAAACAGUACUUUUUCAACAUCAGUCUAGCUUCCUCUCCCUGUGGACUUUCAGAAUUCAUAGAACAAACACUACUAUUUUGAAGUUAUGCUGUUUCAUGUCCUUUUAAAGUGUUUGACAACCCCGUUUGGAGCCUGUCACACUUGGGCAGUACUUGCUAAGGCAGUUUCUUGGCAAUUGUUUGGCCACCAGGGACCCAUCGUAUUCAGAUCCUGAGCCUGUAGCGCCAAGAGUGCCCUCACCUAUGGGAAGCUGACGUCCCUCGGGCAUUUCUCGUGGGGAUGAACAUGGUUCCUGCCAUCCCUGUUGCCCGCUCGCCCAGGGUAACCCUGGACUGACUCCCAGAAGGCCUUUGUAAAAUCCAUAGCUAUCCCAAAGGCAGGCGGGAGCAGUAGUAGCUUCAGGAACGUCAUUUUCCUGUCUUAUUGACAGAGACCCUUGGCUACCACUGUGCUGCUAAUAUGAUAAUACUCCGUUGCCAGAUUACCAUGCCUUUUACACAAAACCAAAUUAACUUAACCUAAUACCUGACACCUCUCUGGGCUCUGAAACUGCUUUCUCCCAUGAAGCAUGCUGGCAUUCUAGACAGAAUUCUGGAGAUUUGGCAGAUGGAGUAUUUAAGAUUUCAUUGACCUUGCUCCUUUGUUUAUUGAAAGGAGCUUUAAAUUCUGAGCUCCUGAGAUACCACAACCAUGGAAUGAAUGUGUGACCAGAAUGUGGCUUGGACACCAAGUGCUGCUGUCCCUUCGUAAUUGGCUUCUAACUGAUUUGACCGGAAAUAAUUGAUAAUGUGAAUUUUUGUUAACUGUUCAAUUGUAGGGAAAUAGAGUAUGUAUCACCCUUUGUUAGGUACACGAAUUUUUCCUGCACGAAGCCUUGCUUGUAGAGGAUGCCCAAUAAGACAAGAAACAGCAAAGUGAUUUGUGCUUCGAGAGCUCAAUAUUUUUAUCUUAAUCAGUACAGAAGAAAUAUUUCUGUGUAACUUGAUCUUCUGUCUAAUUCUUGUCUCAUAGGUAACCAACACGGAAAACUUACUUUGUAGUGAUGACUACCAAAGAAAUACAUGGUAAAACAACCUUUUAUUUCCAAAUUAUUAAAGAGCCAGCCAUUGCCGCUGCUACAUGAGUUCCAUGCUUAAGAGCCAUUAUAAGAGAUUAGGGGUUUUUAGGUUUUUGUUUUCUCUUUUUUUCCUCUUAACUUUUUUUUUGGUAAAACAUACAAAUCUGUUAGCAUAAAACUGUGGGGAGCAUUGUCCAAAACGCUCAGCAGUUGUGGUGAACUGCCAAGCCCUGGUUGCCUCUUGUUAGGCAAUUGUAGGAAUCCUAUGUUCAUGGGAGUGUGUGUGUGUGCACGUGUGCGAGUGUGCAUUCAUGCCUUAACUCGAGUUACUGCUCAACUUUAGUUCUUAACUUAGUCUGCACCGUCAUCUAGAUUGUAUUGUACAUCUCGGUCUGAACUUCAUCCUGGCAAAAACAAAAUUUGCAGGCACAACAGUUUGAGAAUUGCAUUCCUCUGGAAGAGUUUUUGAUCAGGUUGACCCUGAGCCUUCUCCGGACUUAAUUUGGAACUUAGCAUGGAAAGCAAAAGUGGACUGUCAAACAGAAAGACAUCAACAGGAAGAGAGGAGAGCCAAGUGCUAGCAUGUCUUUUGCCUCUGCAUAUCCGUGCACACUGUAUGUUGUUCAUGAUAGCUUGUCUACAACUUGACUAGGUUGGAGUUCUGGUAAUAGUGGCAAUCUUGGUCCGAGUUUAGAGAGAUGUAAGACUUAACGAUUAAUGUCUUAUUUACUUCUUUAUGUUGAUUAGUCUUUGAUACAUGUGCUGAAUCAGAAACCUAAAUAAAGAUAAUUUUUUAAAAUGUA